ACGGACGGGAGGCCCGGGCUGCAGCAGGCGCCGUUCGAACCCGGUCCCGCCGCCGCAGGGGCCGCCGGGAGCGCGCGGAGCUACGGCGGCCGCGCGGGCCGCGCCGGGCGGGGCCUCAGUCGCUGCCGCCAUGGGCUGGGAGGAGAGGCAGGUCCGCGGGUACCCCGAGUUCGUGCGGACGGCGCAGAGCUACCACGGCCGGCCCAUCUUCGCGCUCUUCUGCGGCGAUAAGGACGCCGAGGGCAGGAGCUGGUGUCCCGACUGCGUGACGGCUGAGCCAAUUGUGAGGAAGGAACUUCAUAACCUGCCUGAUGAGUCAGUUUUCAUCUACUGUCUAGUAGGAGAUAGAGCCUACUGGAAGGAUCCCAACAAUGAAUUCAGGAGGAAUCUGAAACUUACAGGAGUGCCUACACUACUUAAAUAUGGAACACCUCAGAAGCUGGUUGAAGAAGAAUGUUUUAAAUCAGAGCUUGUGCGUAUGUUGUUUACUGAAGACUGAAGCCCUCACUAGUCAAUCAUUGAUGAAGGUGGUAGUCUCAAUUACUGCACUGUCCUUUCAAGGAAUCACUGAACUUUGUUAAAACUUUAAUAAUUAAUUACUUUGGACAAAUCAAGAUAAAUGUCCUGAAAUUCUGGGUCCAAACUUUACACUAAAAUCUUAGAAGAAAAAAUGUAUCUUUCAUGUCCAAAUAAAUGAGUUUGUGAACAA